AUGGCAGUGCUAGGAUGGGCAACCGUAUUCAUAACCCAGUCGAAAAAACUUGAAGUCCUAGGGUACUUAAAACAUGACAUCCGGCUUGAAGAACUACAAUCUUUGAUUGACUCGUCUUCGCUUUCGAACAUCCACCUCGCCGCUGGAACACAUCACAUUGCCGCCACUGAUGGCAAACGCUGCGUCAUUUCAACCCCGAAAGGAGUCAAAACCUUUACAAUGAGUAGUCCGAGGCCGCAGAAGAAAACUCAGAAUAAGAAAUUGGAGGUGAACGAGGAGAUAGGCAGGCAACGACUCGCACAGAAGCUUACUGUAAUCGAUAGGCCCAAGCCGAAAAUCUACCCAGUCGCGCAGAGUUCGAUUUUGAGUAGAGUGCGGACCUUUAUGCCAGCAAUGCAGAAAGCACAAGAAGAUUUAUACAAGAAGAUGAAGGCAGAGGGUGACGAAAGUGUAAAUUUGGAAAAUACAGAAAACGACGAGCGAGUGGUAGAGUUUAAUUGUGGAAUCGUACCUUCGGAACUCAUUGCAGACUCAUCCGAUUCCGAUAGCGACACCGACUCAGAUGAAGAGAUGGAUCCAGAAGAAUUGAGACUUAUUCAUCUGAUUAACAAUAAGAUGGGCCAUCGAAACGAGGCAAGCAGUGAGGCAAGCUCGGGAAGCACAGGAAACGGAAACAAAAUUGAGAUGCUCAAAGACAAUCAAAUGAUGGAGGAAUAG